CAGUUUAUUAGAAACUGUAUCACAUGUUUCAGCUGCAGGCAAAACACUGAAGUCAUGACAACAACAAGACUCUUAAUUUUACUGACUCUGGCAGAGAUGUGUGCCGCUCAGAAUGACAUCACUUUGUCUGUGUUUACUGUGACGUCUAAGAGUAUGACAGUACAGUGGAGUGGACAAACCGGUGCCAGUUCCUACAAGAUCACAGCAACACCCAAGAACUCUCCAGAACGGUCAGUAUUUGCUCAGUUCAGCGGAAACACCGUGAUGGGUUCCGUCAACUCCCUGUCACCAAACACGGUGUACACCAUGCAGCUAGAAGCCAUGGACAACGCGCUCAAUGUCCUCAGUAGUGCAGAGACUGAGGAGACAACAGCUCCUGAGGUACCCAGCAUUGACCAGGCCUAUUCCAAGCACAGCGACAGUAUCACAGUGGAGUUCACCGAGGUUUCCGGGGCAACCGACUACAUCUUGAGGGCAGAGUCACAGAAGAAUGACUUUUUCUCUGAGACUGUGGUGACCGGCUCCCCAGGAACUAUGGUUCAGCUGCAGCCCUACACAGAGUACAGGCUCAGUGUCAUGUCCCUCAACUCAGGGGGGCGGAGCCAGCCCUCAAACCUCAUCCAGGCCAGAACAGUGGUGAUGGCCCCCGAGUUGAAUACCACGUCACCUAACGGUGACACCAUCCUUGUGUCGUGGCUCCCUGUGCAGCACGCUGUCUUCUACACCCUCAUCGUCAUCCAGGAGGGCUCCAGUGACCGAAUCACAAUAAACACCACAAACACUGCAGUGACCUUUGAUGACCUUCAACCAGGAAUGACCUAUUGCAUCAAGGGCUCAGCCUGGGACUCAUACAGCCACCCUGGAGAUGACCUCACCAUCUGCCAGAUUACCCGUCCACCAAGUCCUGAUGUGGUCCAUGUCCAGGUGACUCAGGGUCGGUCUGUUGGAAUCGCCAUUUACUGGCAGGCAGUGCAAGGAGCUGAGACCUACAUGGCCUGGACCACCAACGGCCAAAACUGCACCUCAGCAUUUACUAGUUUCUGUUUGAUCACACCUGUGGAAUGUGGACAGAACCACUCUGUCUCUGUCACAGCUUACAACAAGGCUGGAGCCAGCAGUCCUUCACUGCCAGAAGACUACGUCACAAAUCCAUGUCCACCAGAGAACAUCUGGGUGGAGGAACUGAAGGCCAGCAACUGUUCAGUUGUGUGGGAGUCGGUACUGCUAGUGGAGUACUACAUAGUUUUUAUAAAGCGGGACGAUGGAACUGAAAAGUCGUGUAACACCACCGACACCACAUGCCCAUUUUUUUGCAUGUGUGGUUACACCUACCUCACCAGCGUCUUCCCGUACAACCAGGCCGGCACCAGUCCUUACACACACGUCCGCAACUACACCAUGAUUCCAUGUUGCCCACAGGAAGUCUCCAUAACUCUGGUUUCCACAGAGACCCUUGAGAUCACGUGGUCAUCUGUCAAAGGGGCGGAGCUGUACAAAACGACAGCUGUGCAGACUGAUGAUGUCAUCCACUGUAAUGACACAGCACCAAUGUGUGUACUGUCUGAUCUUAGGUGCAACACAAUAUAUUCUGUGGUAGUCACGCCUUGCAGUGAACUACAGGGAUGCAACCACACGUGCACGCCGCACACACAUGAGACAGCUCCAUGUGCUCCAGCGAUCCUGAAUGUGAUGCAGACCAGCGACUCAACAUACAGAGUACUUUCCACAACCCCAAAUACACCAAACACAAAUUAUACCAUCACUGCCAUUGGACGUCAUGACACGCACUCUUGUCACACGAGGAGCAGCCUCUGUGAGCUCACACAGCUGCAGUGUGGUUUGACCUACGAUGUCACGGCAGUCGCCACCACAAGUGUAGGACAGAGUCUCCUUGGAUACACCUGGCCUUUGGAGACAGGUCCGUGCUGUCCUACAACAGUGAGCGUGACUCAGGCCACUCAGGCUAUGACCAAUGUGAGCUGGUCACCUGGAAAAGGAGCUAGAUCCUACAUCACAACACUGACGUCUUUCACGCGGACACACCAAUGCCACACUCUGGACACCCACUGCCUGAUGGGAUGCAUCACGUGCAGCACCAACUACAGCAUUGAGCUGGAAGCCAUCAGCGGCACAGGACACAUUUCACAGUGCAAAUACCACGGAUUCUCAUCCAGUGCAUGCUGUCCGACCAAUGUCAGGCUCUAUCGCAGGAGCAACAACUCCUUACGGGUCUUCUGGCGCUCACUGGGCCUCCCUCAUAUCCAAAACCACACAGUAGAGGUGUACGGGACCAGUGCCAACUACUCUUGCACUGCAGUCGCUGGUGACGAAUUCUGUGAUUUCCAGGAGGAGAUGUGCGGGGAAGUGUACACGGUGGUGGUGGCACCGUCGGGGCAGAACGGGGUCACAGUCGGCUUCUGCCAACCAAGGACAUACGGGUUCCUUGCCCAGGAAGUCAUGUUGGAAUGUGAGGAAGAACUGAACAGGACUCUAGAUCGGGCCAUUGAGAUGGCCCACAGCUUGAAGAGAGCCACUGACUGCAUGGUGAUGAGACUGUCAGCUGAUCUGGACAGAACAAAAGUGCCCAAGAAACCCCACAACAUGCAGCCACUAGUGGGCAGGAAAAACCACACUGUUUAA